AUAAAAAUAAGCAAAAUGAGUUAAUUGACACUGCAGGGUUAGUAGCCGACUGUUCAACAUGCAGAUUUUUAUAGUAUUAGGAUUAAUAGCCAUCACAUGGGCUCGGACUUACCGAAACCCACUCGAAAAUCCUGAUCUGUAUCAAGGUGAUAUCCUCGGCAUUGAAAGCAAUGAAGACAGGAACGCCCUGCCUAGGGAUUCUAUGAGAUGGCCCUCAGGUGUCAUUUACUACAAAAUGGACCCGGCAGUAGCUUACUUCAAGAGAGACAUAUUGAGAGCUAUGAAAUACAUCGAAGACAGAACUUGCAUCGAUUUUAUCGAGCGACGAAAUAUGGAAAAAAACUACAUUAAAAUCAUCGACGGAGAUGGUUGUUAUUCCCACUGGGGUAAGACAGGAGGAGUACAACCAGUUUCCCUGGGUGACGGGUGCCAAGAUCAAGGUACAAUCAUCCACGAGCUGAUGCACGCCAUCGGAUUCGAUCACGAACAGAACAGAUCAGACAGAGAUGACUACCUGGACAUCUUUUACGAGAACAUCGACCCAGAUUUCGUAGACCAGUUCCAGAAACUGAAGCCCCACCAGAACAGGCUGAUCAACAAGUUCGACUACGAAUCCAUCAUGUUGUACGGCGACACCGCUUUCUCCAUAGACGGCUACAAGAAGACCAUGAGGGCCAAGAAGAGGGGCGUCGUUCUCCUGGACACCUACGACAAGAUGCCCAGCAAAAGCGACAUGUACCGCAUCAACUGGCUGUACGACUGCGAAGAUAAAAAAUGAGCUUUGUCGCCAUCUCAUGUAUAAUAAAUGAUUUGACGUUAAAAAAUC